GACAUCAAUAACAUAAUGUAAGCAGUAAAAUCACUCAAUGGAUUCGUAAACUGUUUAUUUGCGAGCUCGUCUCGCCCUUCUAUUUGAUUUUCAGGUUUGUACUUCAAAUUGCAAAAUUAAGAUAGAAAUGGAAAACAAUUAAGAUUGAAUGGAGCUAGUGGAAAUGGCAUGAUUCUAUAGAUACCGGAGUCUAAAAACACCAAAGUUUUUUAGGUCUAACUGUUUUGUCAAAAUUUGACAAUAAGACUCGAAGUCAAGGGUGUAUAAUUUCUUUAAUGGACCGCGUGGGACAAGAUGGACGAUAUCACCAACAAAAAAACGAGGGACUUUUGGAUUGAAACUUUAUUUGAUAUUUGUUACUUUAUUUAACAGUUUUAUGCUGUUGUUUGUUUUUGUUGUUUUCAUUAUUUUUUAUUAUAUUUAGAAUUGUUAAAAUUAUUUUAUUCAAUAUCUACGAACAAACAGCGCGCGCCAAAUUUGUUUCGCUCACAGCAAAUGAGAAAUGCCACCAACCACAGCGCAUAGUCAUUCAAUCGCCAGAGUAGUGGACCACAGAACCAUGUAAUUAAGAAUCACUUUCUGAUGAGCCAUACCAACCAACUGGGCAUACUCAGUAAGAUAAAAAUCAGUACUCCGGCGAUUACCAGCAUUUAAAACCUUUCAAAGAACUCCACUAGAUAUAUGAAGUUAUUGGCUUCCCGUCGCGAGGUCUAACAUCGAAUCGGAGUCAAAACGCCUGGCAGAGAACCGUUGACGAUUUCAGAAAAUCACACCAAUGACUUCGGAGAAUAAUAAGGUGCAAGAGAAACGGGUUGAAGACUUAUCCCAAGAACAGCUUGAAGAGUAUCGCGAUGCCUUCGAGCACUUCGAUAAAGACUCGAGUGGCUCGAUAACAACUCGCGAGCUCGGCGGAAUCAUGAGAUCGCUCGGGGAAAAUCCGACUGAGAUCGAGCUUCAGGAUAUGAUCAACAGCGUAGACUGCGAUGGUAACGGGCUGAUGAACUUUGACGAGUUCGUGAAGCUGAUGAUCACGAAAAACCAGUUUAUGAUGGACGAGGAAGACAUGCUGGAGGCGUUCCGGAUGUUUGACAGGGACGGGCGGGGCUAUGUCAUGUCAUCCGAUCUGCGCUUCGUCCUCCGGCACCUGGAGGAGAACAUUCCAGAACACGAGAUUAACGACAUACUUCAGGACAACAAGCAAGGCUGGAACAGAAAGAUAGCCUUCGAAGAAUUCAAAAAGAUGGCGCAGAUUGAGGCUGGCAACACGCUCGGCAUGAAGCGGGACUCUAUUCAGAGUGGGGCACUGGGUUACCAAAGAUGAGGCCGGCACUGCAGGAAUGAUGCUCAGUAAUGGAUGAGCCCUCCCCGACUUUCCCUUUUACAUUCUAAAUCUGAGAUUUAGAAUAAGGGCAUGUAAGGGCACCCUGGCCUACACAUCAUGCAUUGUUUUUCAAUACCAUCGAAAUUAAGAACAAAAAUCUAAUUAUAGACAACAAUAUGCAUUCUUUAAAGUUUAAGUACUUCUAUUGAAUGUAAAAAAAAAAUGUGGUUUAAAAGCGACAUUAUAGUUCGACGUGCGCUACCGUUGCCACCAAUAAAGUUUUGAGAAAGUUGCCCAGUUAUUAUGAGAUAUACAUUGUUGUUUAGUAUUCUCAUAUGCACUAAAAUGUUUCUCUUGACCUGUUGGUUGGCUAUUGACGUUGAUGCCGAGUAGAUUACGUUUCUUGCAUCCUUAUUGACAGGCCUACUUAAAAAACUAUCAAGGUGGCCACGGCAGCUAGCGUCGUAUACGUUUCUUGCAUCCUUAUUGGCCUAUUUCGCAAAACUGUCAAGAUGGCCAUGCUAGAAUGCAUCGCACUUUAUUUCAACAAAGCAAUGCAUUCUGGAAGGGAUGAGGUUGCUCUUUAUGGCCUCAUUGCCAGUGCGUGGGCCUCGAAAUCCUGGGGGUUGGGGGCACUCCCAAACUGGUCAUUUCCUUAUAAUUUAGGAAAAAAAAUAUCAAGGGGGGGGCAUUUUUUGUUGCUAACAAUGCUUUUUUUUUUUUUUAUUGACUUUGCCCACGGAGAAAAAAAAUACACAUACAUAAUACGUUAUACAUGAGAAACAGAACAUAAAUACAUACAAUAACGAAAGGGCAGGGUAUCCGCCACAGCUAGGCCAAUUACGGCGGACCCGAGUUUAAAAUGUGUAAAAGUUACAAGGUCACAAAAA